AUGCCUGCCACCGAAAUUACCAGCAAAGUCGACUUCCUACAGAAGGUCCUCAGAUCAGAAGACCCCGUCCUCCUCAACUGCUACGCCGAUUGGUGUUCGCACUGCAAAGCCAUCGCACCCAAGAUCGAAGAAUUCAGCACUGUCUAUACCCAGGUCAAAUUCUACCAGGUGGAUGUCGAUAAGGUCGAAGAUGUCGGACAAGAGCUGGGUGUACGGGCUAAGCCUACAUUCAUGCUGUUCAAGGGUGGGGAAAAGAUCACAGAGAUUGUUGGGGCACAUUUGAAUGCCAUUGAGGAGGGUAUCAAAACUCACCUUCUUUGA